CACUGCACUCAUCAGUUGCAGUUUGGUUAUCAGCAGUGAAACAUCCACCCAGCACAUCAGCAGCGCCAACGGUGCAGUACCAGUCAGUUAGUCUGCGUCGACGGGUUCCGAGUGUCAUUAGUGUGAGUGAAGGUGCGCGACGCACUUUUAAAAGCUAGCCAAGCCAACAUGUGCAACCGAACCAUCAUUGCGGAGCUGCUGCUCGUGAUCGCCCUGGCGACGUCCGCUCUUGGUGCUACGGGAGGCUGCUCGUGGCGUGCCAGCAGCAGCUGGUUCGGCGGAGAAAUCUGCAUCCUGCAGAAGGUGUACGACGAUUGCCAGGAGACAGCGGACUUUACCGAGUGUCUCAAGCAGAAAGCGCUGACCUCCAUCUCCCGAGCGAUCGAUCUGGAUUCCAUUCAACUGGUCGAUGGAGUGACGCUCGUCAAGCAGAAGAACGCGUCCGCCAAUGAAAACUCGGAGAGCGCCAUCCUCGGACUGUCCGACGCUCGCUCGAUGGAGGGUCUCGGCGAAACGGAUAAGGCCCUGGUGCAGAAGAUUGACAAGUUCCUCAAGACCCACACCAUCAGCUUCGAUCUGUCCGAAGCGCGAGGAAGUGGUAACAAGAAGAACGGCAGCCGGUACGUCAUCGCUGCCCUGCUGACCGCCAUGGGUAUUGCUGGACCGAUCGGUCUCAAGACGCUCGGAGCCAUCGCAUUCAAGGCCCUGGUCAUCAGCAAGGUCGCCCUCACCAUCGCCAGUAUCAUGGCGCUCAAGAAGAUCUUCAAGGCGGAUCAUCACGAGGAAACCAGCUUCCAGGUGCACACCGGCCACGAUAACCGCCGUGCCACCUACUUUGUGCGUCCGGUGCGAGCAAAUGAUCCCUACCGGUACUACUACGAACAGCCAGCCCAUUAACCGUAAAGCUCCGUGCUCCGGACUGGUUUGAGAUCUUCUCAACCGCUCCAAAUCCCGAGACGCCAAAAUGAUAAUGUUAUGAGUCCUCGAAAGUGUACCCCGUUUGAUGCACCAAUCAAUCCGGCCCAAUCAAUUCGACCAAUGGGCAGACAGACCCAUUCAAAAUCCGUUCGAAAACCUCACGGGACAGAUUAUCAUUAUCGCCAACACCAUACGAUGUGACCUCAACGUUAAAUUAUUCUGAUCGGAAUAUUUAUUUAUUUAUUGAACGGAACAGCGGAACGUCCAAAGUUGAUACGGUUUUACAAAACACUGGUAGAUCGUGCAAUGUAACAUUAAGGAAAUGAAAAGACGUGCAAUAAAACCAUACAGUGAAACUAUGAA